AUGGCCGCAGCUUUCGGCCGGGGAACGGGGGAAGCUCCGCUAGGCCACGGCCGGGGUGGGUUGAAGGGACCGGGGGCCUCACGCCCCGCUUGCCGGACGGCGGCGGGCCCGGGCCCAAGAAAAACCGUAACUGAUGUGGAGAAGUUCGAUGGCUCUUCUCAGCUAAGGCGAACGGUAAGAAAAACCGUAACUGAUGUGGAGAAGUUCGAUGGCUCUUCUCAGCUAAGGCGAACGGUAAGAUCCAAGUAUUUUAGAACAUGUUCAACAGGAGAACACUUCACUAUAGAGUUUGAGAACCUAGUGGAAAGUGAUGAGGGAGAAAGCCCAGGAAGCAGUCACAGACCUCUGACUGAGGAAGAAAUUGCUGACUUGAAAGACAGACAUUACGAUUCCAUUGCUGAAAAGCAGAGAGUUGUUGAUAUGAAACUUCAGUCAGAGUUAGCCUUACAAGAGGAGAAGUUAAGAAUAGAAGAGGAGGCUUUAUAUGCUGCACAACGUGAAGCAGCCAGGGCAGCAAAGCAGAAAAAGCUCUUGGAGCAACGUAGACAGCAAAGGAUAACACAGAGAGCGCAUGCUGUUAAUAAUGGAGAAUAUCAGAGCUCUGUGGCAGAGGAAGAUCUUGAUUCUUUCUUAAGAAAUACAAAAUUCCAGUAUGAAGCUUUUCGAAGUAGUAGACUUUCAUCUGAUGCUACAGUGCUGACGCCCAACACAGAGAGCAGUUGUGACUUAAUGACCAAAACAAAAUCGACGAGCGGAAAUGAUGACAGCACUUCGUUAGAUUUAGAGUGGGAAGAUGAAGAAGGCAUGAACAGAAUGAUUCCAAUGAGAGAACGCUCCAAAACAGAAGAAGAUAUACUCCGGGCGGCACUGAAAUUUAAUAGCAAGAAGACGGGAAGUAAUCCAGCUUCAGCCUCUGACGAUUCUAAUGGAUUGGAGUGGGAGAAUGACUUUGUUAGUGCUGAAAUGGAUGAUAAUGGCAAUUCAGAAUAUGCUGGAUUUGUAAAUCCUGUAUUAGAUUUGUCUGCAUCAGAUGUAAGGAUAUCUGAUCGUCAAGACAGAUAGUGAAACUGCGUGGCCCUUGUUUAUGACCAAAUAAGAUGAAAAGUGAAAUAGAAUGUACAAAACCAAUUUGCUCUUUUAUAACAUGGUUCCCUUUUUCUUACAAAUUGAUCAGCAAGGAAUGGGAAUGACUUGCUAUCUGAAUUAAUUCAGAAUUAAGUGCAAUUUUAUCAUCUACCUUCUAAACUUUUAUGAAAACUGGGAUGAUUCUAUUGUGUAUAUUUCUGGAUAUCUGGAUUUAAUAUAAAAUUAUCUGCACUAAUUUAAGCUUCAUAGCUUGACAUAUCUAUAUUUUAACUAGCCUUUUUUUCUGGAUGAUGUUUCUACUGAUUUUGUUUUUAAAAUUCGUCAUUGGCCUCACAUCUCAGAAACAGUCUUACAUAAUUUAUCUAAUACUUGAAUAUAGAAAAAUAAUUUUAAAAAAUGUUUAUUUCCAAUACGUGCUUUUUGACUUGUUCUUAGCUAUUUAGAGGGUGUACUUAGCCGGCUUCAAAGCAAAGUUCACACAUGGUAAACUGCAGUUUUUCCCUGUCUAGCUUAUAGUCUUCCUAGUCUUGCGUUGUCCUCUUUCCAUUUAUUUUAUUUUCUUAUUACUUUAUGCUAAGCACAGUUAACCUCAAUAAACAUAGUAUAAAUCAUCAGGUUAGGUAAGAUAUUGUCUUGUAUAAUAUGCCAGACUUAGUGUGUGCUAGAUAGAAAAACAACUAUAAAAAUUCUUUAUGCGUCAAACCGGAAACUUUACCCGGUAUCUAGUGGAGAACUGGGAGGACCAAAGUCUUGAUUUCCCCGCCCACCCCCGAACAGACCAACAUCUGUUACUACAUGGUCCUUAAAAUUCAUAGGCUCAUG